AUGUACGUGAGCUACCUCUUGGAGCAGGACAGCACCAUGUACCCGGGCUCGGCCAGGUGCGCCGCCAACACCCUGCCAGGGCAGGGCUUCGUGUCCGCCCCCCCCUACCCCGAGUACAUGGGCUACCACCCCGUGCCAGCCCUGGACACCCACGGGCAGCCGCCGGGGCCCUGGGGCUCCCACUUUGGCCCGCAGAGGGAGGACUGGAACGCGUACGGGCCGGGCCCCUCCGGCGCCGCCACCGCCCAGCUCAGCGCCUCGUCCCCCGCGCAGGGCUCCUACAGCCCUGCCGAGUACAGCGCCCUGCAGCCCGGGGCCAACCCUCCCGCAGAGCCCAACAGUGCCCAGCACAUCUCCCCCAGCAGCCACAGGCACAGCUCCUACGAGUGGAUGAGGAAAACCGGGCAAGCCACGUCCACAGGCAAAACAAGAACAAGAGAGAAGUACCGAGUGGUUUACACAGAUCACCAGAGGUUAGAGCUAGAGAAGGAGUUUCAUUACAACAGAUACAUCACAAUCAGGAGGAAGUCUGAGCUGGCUGCAAACCUCAGGCUCUCAGAGAGACAGGUGAAAAUCUGGUUCCAGAACCGCAGAGCCAAGGAAAGAAAGCUAAUGAAGAAGAAAAUGACCCCGUUUGAGGGCAGCAGCCUGGGCUCCCUGCAGAGUGACUCUGGCUCCGUGAGCCCCAUGGCCGGCCCCGACCCCCAGGCUCACCCCGAGGUGCCCAGUUCCCUGUUCCCAGCGCCCCCCCCACCGCCCAUGGGGGGGCUGCAGCACCCCGGGGGGCUGCAGCAGGUGGUGGCCUCGCAGUGA